AGAAAAAGUAGUGACGAUUACCAUGACGGUAAUAUGUUGGAAUUUUAACCCCAGAUUAGAUUUCUUCUCCCAUAUAAAUAAACGAUUUUUCAAUGAAGAACAUACAUAGACAAUCCCAUUGCCUUCACUCUUCAAUAUUUUUUACCAGAAGAAAGAAAGCAGGCACAAUGGCGAACAUUGUAACCGUCCUUUUCUUUGCGGUGGUGACAAUUUUGCAGAUGCAAACUACCAUUGCGGACCCAAUUAAGCUUCACCCCAAAAAUGAAACUGGGCCGCUUUCUCCUGAAAUGUUCUUACUUCAUCCACGCCUCGCUUGGUUGGGCAAAACUAACGGAAGAAACUAUUACAUUGAAAGGACAUUUAGUAAAUGGGCAGAUGCGAAUAAAGGUUGUCAAGAAAUGGGGAUGGAAUUAGCACAAUUUCGUUUCCAAAGUGAAUUGGAUUUCGUCCAAGCGGCAACUACACCCGAUGACAAUGGUGCCUGGUGUGGCGGAUUAAGUGUGACUUCUCGCACAAUUUUCCAAUAUGGAAGUGGAGAAAUGCUUCCUGCUUUUGACGUAGGAUUUCAAACCCAGCUAGGAUUAGUUGUACAAAGAGGAAACCCGUCCGCCUGCUUGUCAACAAGACCUGCAAGUCUUCACUCCACCCUCAACAAUUAUGUCGGCUACUACUUUUGCCACAUUUAAAUUCAUUUUCGAAACCUUAUUCUUCAAAAUAUAACGUAUUUAUUUGCAUCAA